AUCCCGGCAUCCCGGAAUCCUGGAGACGUGCUCUGUAUGGAACGCAUCUUCCCAUUGCCCGAGAUCAUACGCAAUAAGAUCAUCGAUGUUUUCUGCCCGCUUGAAUCUCCCGCCCGUGAACAGGCGAAGAACAUUAUCAGCAACAAAGACUGCCUUGUCCGCCCUUACCUCGGCCGAGCCCGUCUGGGAGGCAGUCAAAGCCGACUAAAGGCGUUUUCGCUCCGAAACUACAAGCUUCAUAUUGACCAGAUCCGACACCUAGGUCUCGACGGAGAAGAAUUUGCCAUAUCGAUGGCAAAUGCAAUGGCAGUCAUGCACUGGGAUAUUGGAAUCGACGCGGCUGAUAUUGAGUUUGUGCUUGGAAGCUCGCCAACAAUGGAUACAUUUCGAGAGAUCACUAUAUCGAACCCGAAUUUCAAGCAACGACUGGUAGGUCUUUGGCUUCUGGACUUCGACGCUUGCGGAGAUAUCACCAUGGAUUCUACUGGCGUCCAGCAAGCAGUCAGAGCUUUCUUGGAGAACGAGCCUUACUGUCCAAGACCCUAUAGUGGAACGGCCUACAGCGAUCACCUGUGGAGGGUUUUCGGUACUCAGUACCUGGCUACAAGCGCCUCGAUUCUUACGAUGGCGGAGCCUGACGUCGCAGAUUUGCCAAAUACCUUCCUGACUGGGGUUGCCCAAGCUCUAGCCGGGUCACGAAACCAGCCCUCC